GGGCCCGCGCUCCGCCCCGGCCUAGAGCCUUGCCCUGAGAGUCGCGAGGUGAGGUUUGAGAGACGUUGAAGAGGACGCAGAGGCUGCUCUGGUGCAUUGGUGGGGCCAGAGAGUGUGCAGAGUGAGGACAUGGAGGCUUAGGAGGAUGGUGUCGAGGAGAGAACGUAGGGUCAGAGCCUGCAUUUUGAUCUAUGUUCUGCUCACAUCCUGCUGCCUGAGAGUACUUGAUGAUCCCAUGACCCUGGACAUGGAUGCUGUCUUGUCGGAUUUUGUUCGUUCCACAGGUGCAGAGCCAGGGCUGGCUCGAGAUCUUCUAGAAGGAAAGAACUGGGAUGUGAGUGCUGCCCUCAGUGAUUUUGAACAGUUGCGUCAAGUCCAUGCUGGGAACCUGUCCCCACCCUUUAGUGGAGGGAGUACUUGCCCUAAGAUCCCUGAAAAAGGGGGUUCGGAUAGAGAGCCCACUCGCCCUUCUCGACCCAUCCUUCAGAGACAAGAUGACAUCAUUCAAGAAAAACGCCUGUCUAGGGGCAUCUCCCACGCCAGCUCCAGCAUUGUUUCCCUGGCCCGCUCCCAUGUCUCCUCCAAUGGUGGGGGUGGGGGGAGCAGUGAGCACCCCCUGGAAAUGCCCAUCUGUGCCUUCCAGCUUCCAGACCUCACUGUGUACAAAGAAGACUUUCGCAGCUUCGUAGAGAGGGACCUCAUUGAGCAGUCCAUGCUGGUCGCCUUGGAACAGGCAGGGCGUUUGAAUUGGUGGGUCAGUGUGGACUCCACCUGCCAGAGGCUGCUCCCUUUAGCAACUACCGGGGAUGGGAACUGCCUCCUGCAUGCAGCUUCUCUUGGGAUGUGGGGUUUCCAUGACAGAGACUUGGUGCUGAGGAAAGCCUUGUAUGCGCUGAUGGAGAAGGGAGGCGAGAAGGAAGCACUGAAAAGGCGCUGGAGGUGGCAGCAAACACAGCAGAAUAAAGAGUCAGGACUGGUGUAUACGGAAGAUGAGUGGCAGAAGGAAUGGAAUGAAUUGAUCAAACUUGCCUCAAGUGAACCCAGAAUGCAUCUGGGUACCAACGGAGCCAGUGGUGGUGGAGUGGAGAGUUCAGAGGAGCCGGUAUAUGAGAGCCUAGAGGAAUUCCAUGUCUUCGUCCUUGCUCAUGUGCUCAAGAGGCCCAUAGUGGUUGUGGCAGACACCAUGCUGCGGGACUCUGGAGGGGAAGCAUUUGCCCCUAUCCCAUUUGGAGGGAUCUAUCUGCCAUUGGAGGUCCCCGCCAGCCAGUGUCACCGAUCCCCUCUGGUGCUCGCCUAUGACCAGGCCCACUUCUCCGCGCUUGUGUCGAUGGAGCAGAAGGACAGCGCCAAGGAACAAGCUGUGAUCCCUCUCACAGAUUCAGAGCAUAAGCUGCUGCCCCUGCACUUUGCUGUGGACCCAGGAAAGGGCUGGGAGUGGGGCAAAGAUGAUAAUGACAAUGUCCGAUUGGCCAGUAUAAUCCUGUCUCUGGAGGUGAAGUUACAUCUGCUGCAUAGCUAUAUGAAUGUGAAAUGGAUCCCACUGUCUUCUGAUUCACAAGCUCCUCUGGCCCAGCCUGAGUCCCCAACAGCCUCAGCUGGAGAUGAGCCCAGGUCCACUCCUGAGUCUGGGGAAUCAGACAAGGAGUCGGUUGGCAGCAGUUCUAUCAGCAAUGAGGGCAGCAGGCGGAAGGAAAAGUCAAAGCGCGACCGGGAGAAGGACAAGAAGAGAGCAGAUUCCGUGGCUAACAAACUGGGCAGCUUUGGCAAGACCUUGGGCAGCAAGCUUAAGAAGAACAUGGGGGGCCUAAUGCAUAGCAAGGGCCCCAAGCCUGGAGCCCCGGGGAGUGGGUCUGGAAUAAGCAGUGGUACGGAGACAUUAGAGAAGAAGAAGAAGAACAACGCAUUGAAGAGCUGGAAGGGUGGCAAGGAGGAGGCGGCUGGGGAUGGGCCUGCGUCUGAGAAGCCUGCGUCUGAGUCUGUUGGCAAUGGAGGGAGCAAGUAUAGCCAGGAGGUGAUGCACAGCCUGAGCAUUAUGAGGAUCGCCAUGCAAGGGGAGGGCAAAUAUAUUUUUGUUGGAACCCUGAAGAUGGGCCACCGGCACCAGUAUCAGGAAGAGAUGAUCCAGCGCUACCUUGCAGAUGCUGAGGAGAGAUUCCUGGCAGAACAGAAGCAGAAGGAGGCUGAGAGGAAGAUGAUGAAUGGAGGGUUAGUUAGUGGGCCUCCUCCAGCCAAAAAGCCAGAGCCGGACGGUGGGGAGGACCAGCCCAGUGACUCAGCAGAGUCCAAGGCAAUGGCCUUCUCUACUGGUUACCCUGGGGGCUUUACUAUUCCUCGACCUUCUGGGGGUGGAGUCCACUGCCAGGAACCCCGGAGGCAGUUGGCAGGGGGUCCAUGUGUAGGGGGCCUUCCAUCAUAUGCCACCUUUCCCAGACAGUACCCUCCUGGGCGACCCUAUCCCCACCAGGACAGCAUCCCAUCUCUGGAGCCAGGCAAAGACGGAGUUCACAGGGGUGCUUUGUUGCCACCCCAGUUCCGUGUGGCUGAUUCCUAUAGCAAUGGCUACAGAGAGCCCCCUGAGCCAGAUGGAUGGGCUGGAGCUCCCCGGGGACUUCCCCCAACCCAGACCAAAUGCAAACAACCGAACUGCAGCUUCUAUGGACACCCUGAGACAAACAACUUCUGCUCUUGCUGUUACAGGGAAGAACUGAGGCGGAGGGAACGGGAACCUGGGGGGGAACUGCUGGCGCACAGGUUCUGAAUGGCAAGAACCUUAGUGGGGAAAGGGGCUAAACAAAGAAAGUUAAGCUCAACUCCGGCUCAUCAGGGGCAAGUGCAGAGAUGUGUGGCAGCUGGAGUGCUGGCAGACUGGCAAGAGCAGGACAGGGCUAGCACUACCCCGAGGGUAGUACUGCUCCUGUGCACAGUGGACUUGAGACUGCAAGGCAGCACCUCUUGUGUCCCAAUCCCAGGGCCCAAGGGAAAGUAGGGAAAUACUAGGUGCGUGUGGGUGGGAGGUGGGUGGACACCUUCGUGGAGGAACCUGGAAGGAAAGUUCUCAGUCGAUUAAGGAAAAAAUAGACCAAAGUUCAUUGACUUUAGGAAAAAAGCACAGGGUGGUGUAGUUGGGAGUAUAGAGUGAAUCUGAGAUACUGAACAAAUUUGAUUUUGUUUGAAUUAGGUAGAUACUAGGGAUGGAUAAAUUCUUCCUGAAGGAUCAAGGCAGUAAUGUAUGUGCUUGGCCUGGUUACACAGAAAGGGUAGUUUAAAUCCCAGUGAAUGGAAAUAGGGAAGGGGGAUUCUUUCCUAGAGAGUCUUAUGUUCUUCUGGAUAUUCAUCUGUCAUCCGUUCUAGUUUUAGGGGAGACUGCCUGUUCCCCCAUCUUUCCCUCAUCUUUUUUAAGGACUGAGCUCAACUAAGUUAAGAUGUUGUGAUUUUUUUUUUUUCUUUAAAAGCAAGUUCCCUUUGGGAAAGAGAAGAGUGGUAAGAAGCGGACUUGUAUGCGGGAGUUUCUUCAGGUGAACGGGUGCAAAGUGCUGUAAUGUUAAACUACUUAGCACUAACUCCGUGUGAGUUUGAGCACACCUGAGAAGGGCUGGAGGAGGCCAGAUGUGUGGCUAGACUGUUUGAAACAAUACCAAAAACCUCUAGAGAGCACUAUCCUCUGCUGCUGUGCUUCUGUAGAAAGCAACCUAUUUUACUAAUUUUUUAAAGAAGAACAUGACCCUGACAAAAUUUAAAAAUUACUUACUCUCCUAUCUAAGUGAUUUUUUUUCUCCUUCCUGUUGACUUCUGGAGAAUGAACUUAACAUCCUGGCUUCUUUUGUUAAGCCAUAGCUGACCUUAAUCUGUGGUUAGUUUAUUAAAAUAAUAAAAAUACUUUGUAAGAAGAAUUAUUUUUGAUAUUAGGACUGGUGUUGAGGCAUGGGACGGGGGCUGGGGCCACUUACAAAGGUAGCUAGAGAAGUAUAUUUUAGUGAAUUGUAACCACGGGCCACAGAUUAGUCCCAGUGAGCUCAUCUGCCUUUGGAUUUCUCCCUUUUCCUGAGCCAGCCCUGUUCUCCAGAGGGGUAGGGAUGGACCCAGCGGUGAGAGCUCCCUUGCAAUUUGCACAAAGCACAAGUCUGGACAGCUUAUGCUCUGACUAGAGCUGUUUCUAAGAGCUUUAAACCUGAAGACUAUCCUGCGCCAAUUGUCCUUUCUCCUUAUUUUUUUCCUGGGGAAAAAUCAUCUAUGCAAUUCUAUACACUUGUGGAUGCAAAUGAAGAAGGGGUGGGAGUGUUACCUGGGGCUAUUUCUGGGCUCCGAUUUCUCUGCUGAGGUAUGUCAUCACCCACUAAUGGAAUGUAAUCCCUGCAUUUGAUUUAAGUCACAAAUGGCUAUAUGUGCAUGUGUGUGUGUGCGUGUAUAUGUGUGAGUUGGGACUCCUCUGCAUGUUUCUUCUGCCUAGUCAGGAAAAUGAUCACACACCUCUCUUUGGUGACAAAGCUAGUCAAGACUUCUUUAUGGAAUUUCUAAGUUUAAGAAGUUGUCCCCCACCCACUCAAAAAGUUUGGAAGUCACUCACUUCCAAGUCUGCCAGUCUGUUGAUUUAAUAAUUUCCCAUCAUUUUUAGACCAUUUUUUGUUUUUUCUUUGCUAUGUAGCCCUGGCUAGCCGGCCUGUACUUUACUUGCUAUAUAACCCAAGUUAGCCUCCAAUUCAUAGCAACCCUCCUGCCUCAGUCUCCUGAGUGCUGAUAUCUAGGCAUGAGCUAUCACUCCCAGCUUUCUUCAGGCUGAAACCUAGUAUGAGACAAGUAUUUCUGGUAGGAACGGAAUUUAAAGGUCUACUAGGAAAUGACGGUUGUUUUUGGUUUGUUUUGUUUAGAAAGGAUUCUAUACUGUAGCCCAGGCUGGCCUUAAAUGUAUGAUCUUGCUUCAAACUUUUCAAGUGCUGGGAUCACAUCAUACCAGACAUUUUUUUUUAAUUUCAGUAUAUAAAUACAUUAAAAACCCAGAUUGAACAAAAGAUCAAAAUCUUAGGAUGUAAUAGGAAUGGUGUUAAGGUGAUAGAAGCAAGAGCCCUCAAUUGAACAAGUGUGAGGACAAACCCUGUCUACCUAAGUUGUGAUAGGUUCAUAAAGGUGUUUUUACAUUUUUUUAUUUUUAUUUUUUUAAAUACUGCAUCAAGAUAGCGUUUAUCUUGACUGGUGAGUUUUAAGCACUCCUUCAGUUUUUCCCCCCGUGAAUGGUGGAUGAAUGCCUCGUGCCUUGCUAUCAUCACCUUAGACUUGUCCCAGUUUCUGAAGCUUGAAUGACACAGGUGAAACCUUCACCAUGAGCCCCUCUUCCUGACUGCAGACACCCUGUGUGCACUGCUGGCAUCCUCCCGCAGCACACCGGAUGCCAGCCUGGGCGGGUGGGAGUGCGAACAGCCCAGCAGGGGUUUCCUGGAGAAUAAAACCAGGGAAUUCCAUCUCCAUGGGACUGCUGUGUUUGGACUUGAUCUGUUAUUAGAUUGUAUUAAACACUCCUGUUUUUAAAAACUGAGGACAAAUGAAGAGAAUCAGAAACCUUGUA